UAACACCAGACACCCCCGGAAACUAGGUGUGUCUAACACUGGACUCCACAUGAUGCAGAUUAACUUGCUUUUCAAAGAAACACUGUUCUGAACCAAAGACAUCGCUGCCAGACAAAUGAACAUGCCUUGUCUCCUGGUGGUUCUUGGAAUCAAAUAAUUUAUAGGCACAUAGAAGAAAGUUCUGACAAGGAAAAAAAAAACAUUUCAGGCAGGACGGAAUGGCAAUACCAAAGAUUCUGCUCUAUUCUGCAGUUCUGCUAUUAGCCUGUGAGAUUUCGACAGCACAACCUUGGUUCAAAAUUCCAGGAUGGUCCUCCUUUCAGGCCAACAAAGCUGAACAGAGCGUUGAGAAAUCACCUGCUCAUUUCAGGCAGAAACGUGAAACAAGUCCGCUGGAGUACAUUGUUGAUAUUGAGCUCAAUGUUUCAGAUAAGAGUAUAAUAGAACAACUUAAGACAUUCAUGAAUACCUUGUUUCCAAUUCAUAUUACUAAUAUCUUUAACAUCACUGGAGCAAAUGUCACUACAGUGUGCACACAAUCUGGCAAUGAAAUAAGGUGUGAAUGUGAAAAUAAUUAUGUCUGGUCAUUUGACAACUGCACCAAGUAUGGAUCCUGCAGCAACAUAAGUGGAAACACAUGCACAUGUAUUAAAAAUCUUCCACCAGAUGGACUGUUCUGCCAGCCACGGCAGUUUUCUGCAAUACGAAUGUCUUUCAAAAUCAAUGGUGAAUUUAAUGAAGAACUUAAAAAUACAUCAUCUUCCCUGUAUCAGACAUAUGUAACGGACAUUACAAAGGGAAUCACAGGAAGCUAUGGGAAGUUCAUAAAUGGCUUCAAUGGAGUAAAAAUCAUUGGCUUUACGAGAGGCAGUGUUAUUACAGAAUAUGAGGUAACUGCCCUUGGAAUAACUUCUUCUGCCAUCCAGAAAGCAAACACUCAGCUUGUGGCAAACCUUGUUAACAGUUCUUAUUCAGUUAUUGAAGACUCCUUUACGGCACGUGUUACUGACCAAACAACAUUUACAAUGAAGCCAGACAUUUUAUACCCUGGGGACAAUAUGGAAUUAACCUGUGAGUUGAAUCAGCCUUACAGUAAUACAGUAUGGGAACUGAAUGAUAUUCCUUUGCAAGGGGAAAGGUUUAAACAAAGCAAUGGCUCUUCUUUCACGAAGCUCCAAGUGAAUUCUGUUACUGGAAAUGACAAUGGGACAUAUGAGUGCAUUUUCAAAGAUGGUUUAAUUGAAUAUGUCAGCAAUAAAACAGUUCUUAUCCAACAACAGCCAUCUGUAACUCUCACUUCUCCUGGUAAUGUCUAUUGUGAUGGUAUAACCAGACUUAAGUGUUGUGUAGUUCCAGUCAAAGCCUUAAAUGUCAGCUGGAUCAAGGAAGGAACGUUAACAGUAAAUGAAAAUAAGUCCUUCAAUGAAACUGAAGGCUGUUUAAUCAAUGAAAUAACACCAACAUCUGGAAACUGCUCUCAAGGACAAACACGCAGUAAAUUAACUUACACUUGCGAGGUGACAACGGGAAAUGGAGCCAACUUCCAGAAGAACAGUACUCUUAUUUUUGUCCAAGUUGGAAAUGUGACAUUGAAAAUAGACAAUACUGUUUAUCAAUCUUACGACAUAUCCGAAGGGUAUGAAUUCAACAUGAACUGCACUUCUGAUUCACAGUUUGAUUCAGUUAAUUGGUAUCUGAAAGAAAAUGGUCAAAAUGAUUUUUCACCCCUAAUUGCAUACAAUGCAGUUUUGAAUGUAAAAACUCCACUUAAUGGUACUUAUCGUUGUGAACUAUUAUUUGGUGCACAAAACCGAAUUGCCGAAACAACAGUUACAGUGCAUCCUUUGCCCCAAAUCACGCUGAGUAAUCCAAGAUUAAAUGUCUUGUGUCAGACAACAACAGUAACUAAACUGGAAUGCUGUGCUCAAAAUCAAGGCUUUCAAGGUGUCUGGAUAGAAAAUAAUAAUAAACUACAAACAGCGAAAAUAGGCAAUUGCUUUCAGCAUAAUUACACGAUGACGCCCUGUCAAGAUGAAAUUAAGAAAGAAUUUAUAUGCAUGGUUUUUACAUAUAAUAAUAUUUCCUCUGUUAAUAGUACUCUUACUAUCAUCUACUUUACCGCAACUAAGGGUUUUUGUACUAGCGCUAUAUAUGGUAAUGGCACAGAGGGCAGUACCGCCAUAGCAGCUUGCCCAGAGGGACAGCAAGGACAGUUACAAGCAAUCUGUAAAAGUGGAAUCUGGACAACUCUGCAAGACAACUGCGUAUUAGCAAAAAUUAAUACAAUUCUGACUAGCUCUGAGCAAUUGCUCAAGGACCCGGCACUAGUACAAAUCAAGAUACCACAAAUUCUGAAUGAGCUAAACGAUGCUUCAACAAGUUUACAAAAAAAUAUUACAAAUUCAGCUGGGACAAUUAAUGCUGUUGUGAAAAUUCUGAGCGCUAUUUCAGCUGUUUCUGGAAAUACUACAGUUAAUGCCACUGUGAUGGAGAAUUUCAUUGCAACAGUGGAUGUCAUCAUAUCCCCAGAAUCAGUGAAAUCAUGGAUUUCCUUAAAUAACCAAAAUGAAACUUUGAAUUCUAGCUCUAAUUUGUUGUUUUCAGUGGAACGUUUCACAGGAUCUCUUUCUUCAAAUACAACUGUCAGCAUCACAAGAAAGAAUAUUGACUUGCAGAGCAAAAUAAUUAACAAUGGCACUUAUAGUUCCACCUUUACUAAUACAUCAAAUCAGAUAGAGUUUCCAGAUACACUUUUUCCCCCAGACACUACAGUUACCAGCAUUCUGUUUUUCACCCUUUCAGAAAUCUUACCAACAAGAAACAUCAACAAUAGCAUAGAUGCAAACAAGACUAUAAAUGCAGAUAUUACGUCAGUAAAUGUUAAGAACAAAAAUGGCAAUGUUUCAAUAGACAAAGCUAUUUUAACAUUUCAAGUAAAUAACACAUCUCUGGACAAUCCUCUCUGUGUUUUUUGGAACUUUCUUCUUUUCAACAAAACAGGAGGGUGGGAUUCAACAGGAUGUCAAUUACAAACCAGCAAAGAUGGAACUGUCUCCUGUUUCUGCAAUCAUCUGACCUCUUUUUCAAUUUUAAUGUCACCUAGUUUUAAUUUUCCUGAAUCAAUUCGGAUACUUUUAGAUUUCAUUACUUAUAUCGGAGUGGGCAUAUCAAUGCUAAGCUUGGUCUUGUGCCUUCUUAUUGAGGCAUUUGUGUGGAGUCUUGUGACUAAAAACAGCACAUCAUAUAUGCGGCAUGUAACAAUUGUGAACAUUGCUAUAUCUCUUCUGAUUGCAGACAUUUGGUUCAUGAUAGGUGCAGCCAUUAACACCUAUGAAGUGAUACCUGUGCCAUCCUGCAGAACAACCACCUGGUUUAUUCAUUAUUUUUACCUGGCCUUGUUCUUUUGGAUGUUCGCUUCUGCUCUCCUGCUUUUCUACCGAACAAUGCUGGUUUUUUCGCACUUGUCCAAAGCAGCCAUGUUGGGGAUUGCAUUCAGCUUAGGAUACGGUUGCCCUUUCAUCAUAGCUAUGACCACUAUCAUAGCCACAGCCCCUCAGAACCACUACACCGUUGAGAAUGUAUGUUGGCUUAACUGGAAUGAGACAAAGGCACUCCUCGCUUUUGUCAUUCCUGCCUUAGCCAUUGUUGCCAUUAAUUUUCUCAUUCUGCUUGCGGUUAUCUUCAAAAUGCUGAGAAGGGGAGUUGGAGAAGGCUCUCAUACUGAUGAAAAAAAUGCCCUGCAUGUGAUUGUGAGAUGCGUCGCCAUUCUAACACCCCUUUUUGGUCUUACUUGGGGGUUUGGAAUUGGACUUAUGGUUUCUCCUGGAAGCGUAGGGCUCAAUGUUGUUUUUGCUGUCCUCAACUCAUUCCAGGGAUUCUUUAUUUUAGUGUUUGGAAUACUUCUAGACAGCAAAAUACGAUCAGCCAUUUUCCGCAGAUUUUCAUUCGUUCAGAGAGGUUCUCAACAGACAAGGAGCACAAGUGGUGGUACGUCUUCAAGUGGAAACAGAUUCAAUGUAUUCAAACGAAGAAGGAGGAUGUUCAAUGUUGCAGAAGCCACAUCCUCAAGCCAGUCUGCUACAGAGUCUUUCAUCAAUACUUAAUUCAAUAACACAAAUUAUGUAGAUAAAUUAGUCAAUUUAAAUUUUGUGAAAAUGUUUAGAACAGUUAAUUGAUGAAGUACUGAAGCAUAAAGCAGUGACCGUCUGCUAGUACUGUAUUGUUUUCUCUUAAUCACAUUAGCCCUAUACAAACAACAGUAUAAAACACAAAACCUUUUUUAAUGAAUGUUAAACUGUUGUUGACUUUUAUUUUGUUUAAAAGGGCCCACUUGCUUUUUUAUGUUAUUAAAUCCAUCAACUCCCAUUAUAUAUGUCCAAUAAAUAAGUACAGUGUAAUUGUAUACAAAUAAUCACGUUUAGCUGUUAUCAGAAAUUUUACAACCCUUUUACAGUACACUGUUCUAGUAAGAUCAUAAAUGCCAAUUUAACAGGCCUUUCAGACCACUAUUGUUUCAAUCUCUUAGUACUUGUUUUUGCAAUCCAGUCAAAACCAAAGUGAUCAUGCCAUUCUUGUAACAGACAGAUUCUGCAUAUAUCUGUACACACUAUGAACUUUGUGAAAAGUAUUAUUGCUCAUAUAAGCACCAGAAACUAUAGGCUUAAUGUCCAAACACCUUAUUAUCUAUUCACAGUGUGUUGAAUAUCCAAUCUGAUAUAUACUCAUGCAAUUUAAAUAUUUGUAACUAAAGUAAAAACAGGAUCAUACCACAUAAACUUUUAGACAAAAACAUAAUUAAUGUAUUAAUGACUGUAUUUUAAUUACUGUUAAGUAAUGUGAAUGGAACAACUUUUGGAAAGAAAUAAAAUUAGAAUUUAAAUAAAAUCACAAUACUAUCACCUCAUUGACCUUCUACAUAACAAUACCUUCUAUGACUGUAAUGCAGUCAGUCUACAGUAUGUUGUCCGCAGUUUGACUCAGAAAACCAAUUGUUUCAGAAGUGCAUUAAGAGUAAAAAUUAGUCAUAUCAUAGGGCAGAUUACAUCAGAUGUGUAGGUGUUUGAAGAGUACAAAAGUGAUGUAAUCUAACAGUAAUAUCACUAAAUCGUGCAGAACCCUGAUCUGACAUCUUAAUAAUAUAAGAAAACUGAUCUCUGUUGAAUAAUAUGAUUUUUUUUUCAAUUUCUUAUAGAAAAUUGUUUUUUAUGCUUAAUAUAAAUACUUUAAAACAUCUUUAAGUAAUGCUUGGCUUUACACAGCAAGACAUGUAACUGGUAUUAAUCUAAAAACUGUUUUUUUUACUAGUUUAUGCCCUUUUAAUUAUAAAAGAUAAAGGUUUGUCAAAUAAUGUUAUACUCUGUGAAACCAAAUUUCUCUAAAAAAUAAUGAAAAUAAAAUAUUUAAUUUCUGAUUUCUUUCUUUAGAUAGUGAGACAUUAAACUAUUGUAUUUCUCACUGAAAGCACUAACAUCAAGAAAAAGAUAAGUGGAAACUUAACUGUAAUGUGAUAUACUGUAUAAUGCAAUGUUUGUUUUAAUCACACAAAAAUAAACAAACAUAGUAGCUGCAAUAGCCAAUUGCUUGGCUUUGUUGACUAAAAAUGUUCAGUUCUUUCCACCCAUUAGUGUAUGACAUUCCUUUAAAGUCCUGGAAUGCAAUUGGUUUCUCUUCUAUGCAUAAGGUCCAGAGCAGCAAUAUCAUUUUCAAAUGUUAUUUUACCAACAAUACCAGCAUCAAGAUCAUUUAUAUAAAUUAGGAAGAGCAGUGGUCCUAGAAAAGAUCUCUGUGGUGAUCUACCAAUUACAUUACCCCAAUUUGAAAAUUAACACAUCUGUUGCUUUCUGUUUUCAUUUACUUAACCAAUUCUCAAUGCAAAUGUGAAUGACAUAGAAUUUGAAAAUUAAUCAUUUAUGGAGGACUUUAUUAAAGGCUAUCUAAAAAGCUUAAUGUACCAUAUCAUAUGCUCUGUAUGUAUCAAUUAGUGUAAUUUCAUUUUCAAAGAAUUCAAGUUAGUUAGAUCUAAAUUCCUUUUCUAACAACAUUUUGACAGUUCCGUAGGAUGUUAUUUCCAUAUAGUCCUCUAAUUUAGUUCAUAUAAUCAUUUCUAUUACAUUUCUAUUACAAAGCAAGAAUUAUUGUUCUUUUAUUACUUGACUCAGCCUUUUCACAGUUCUUGGAUGGGUACUACAUUACUCCAGACCUCAGGUCCCCAUCUUAAGAGACUGUUGAAGGAGUUGCAUCAAUUGCCUUCUGAAUGUCUAUAGUUUCCUUAAAUACUACAACUGGGACCUGGAGAUUCAUUUACAUUUUUUUGAGCAGUUUGAGACCUUCUAGUACCCAAAAUUCUUACCUCUUCUGUGUCAAUACUGUACAGUAUAAUAAAGAACUUUCUUCUGCUGCCCAA